UCUCCACGCCCGGCUCUCGCGGCUGAAAAAACUCCCUCUGAUCUCGCUCUCUCCCUUCAACUCGGCCGCGCCUUCGACCGUCGCUCGCAGGGACAGCCUUGCCUCUCGCCUCCCUCUCUCGUUCUCGGGCUCGGUCGCCUUCGGCCUCGUCGUUUGUCGCUCCUCUCUCCAGGGUUAAAUGGCGUCCCAGGAAAAGGCAUUCACCGCAAAGUGGACUAACUCGUUAACUAACCUCUAUGUAAGCUUGACGGUAGAAGAGGUCAAAAAGGGAAAUCGCACGUAUUCUAGUUUCAACAAAGCUGGGUGGAAUAAUAUACGGGCUGAAUUCAAUAAACGGACAGGACUCCAAUAUAGCCGAUCGUAGCUGAAGAAUAAGGUGAACAAACUAAAAAAACAGCAUGGUAGUUUUAAGAAGCUUCUUUCACAAACCGGAUUUGGCUGGGAUAAUGUGAAUAAAAUGAUUGUUGUCGAUGAUCCGAGUAUAUGGGAAUCUCACAUCAAGGAUAAUAGUGAGUGGGCAAAAUUUAAGAAGGAUGGGUUUCCUCGGUAUCCCGAGCUGUGUUUUGUAUUUGAUGAUAUAUAUGCUACUAAGGAGCAUACAAUAGGAAAUACCGAAGUUUUGAUGGCGUCGAAGGAACAUGACAAUGGUGGUGGUGAUGCGGACGAUGAUUCAGAGGACUUCAGUGAACACCACAUUGAUGAGGGAUUUUUUGCAUCCGACAAUACCGCUACUCCAGUUCAUGACGAGCACAAGUUGGAUAGGACUCCAACUAUCAAGAGGAGAAGGAGUAACUCAUUUAAUAUUUCUAACCCUUGCAAAGCCAUACGAGAGAUGUUUAAAUAUGGGCCAAGUCAAUUUGUGAGUGGCUCAACAAGUCAAUUUAUGAGUGGCUCAACCGCCUCACGGGUUACAUCACCACAUGUAGACACCUUCUCCGUAUCUGCUGUGAUUGAUGUCCUAGUUAGCAUGCCUAAGUUGGAGCAAGAUCUUUACAACAAAGCAAUGGAACAAACAUGCAUUAGUGCCACAUGGAGAGAGGCUUUCAUCGCAUCCCCAAUUGAAAGGAGAAAUGGACUUCUCCAAUAUCUUAAGUAGAUGCUGGGAAAUAUAUCGUGGAUUGCGUGGAAUUUUUAUAUUUGGUUUCAUUUUACUCUAUGACUUAUGUUAUUGAUUGUUAUUUAGUUUUUAAACAUAUUCAUGUGGAGACUUUUGUAUUUAUGUUGUGGCAUGGGUACAAUGGAUUGCAUUGGAUUUUUAUAUUUGGUUUGCUUUCACUCUACGACUUAUGUUAUUGGUUGUUGUUGGUUUUUUUUUUU